ACGUCACAGGAAUCCUUGGGGUGUUUGUAAACACAGACACGUUGAGAGCUGUUAUUAUGUGAAUUAUUGUACUUCAUUUUGCCUGGUGUAUACAGUUUAUCCUAAAUAAAAUGGAGGUGGACGAUCUACACAUGCAAGAGCCUGAGCUUGAGGGCAGCAAGCGGGAAGGCAAUAAGAGAGGAAGGAAACCUGGACGGAAAGCAAAAUCUGAUAUGAAGGCCAAAUUAGAACGCAGCAGGCAGAGUGCAAGAGAAUGCCGUGCACGUAAGAAGUUGCGAUACCAGUAUUUGGAGGAGUUGGUUGCCAACAGAGAGAAGGCAGUGUUUGCGCUUCAUCGAGAAUUAGAUAUAUAUCGUCAAUGGGCCAAAGAGUUUGAUGAAGGAAAAUUACCCGAGGGACUCAUGAAACUGAUUGAAGAGGAUAAAAUAAAGAAAAACGAGAGUGAAUAAAUCAACAGUAAACCGUUGUCACAUUUUGUAAAGUUGUACAGUAAACAUGAGAAUGUAUUUAUGUUACAUUUACAGUUUUUAUCUAACUAGGGGUUUUAGGUAUUAAGAAGUUUGUCUUUUUAUGCAUGGGCUGCAAGAUUCUGUAUGCAUAGUGAAAAGUGCUAAAAAGAUAAAAGCAAAAUUCUAGCUGAAUACUAAGGGCGUGCAGCCUUCCCUGCUUGCUGCCUUCGGAUAUUCUCCUUGCUGACUAUUUUUUUUUUAUUUGUUUGGAAAUUAUUUGAAAGUUUUUAAUAGUUCAUGAGAAUAUUUUGAAAAUUCUUUUAUCUUCUGUGUUUAAUCUUGAGGUGAAUGUUAGUUUUGUUAAAUUUACAAAAUAUUGUAUCAUGAAUUGUGGUGAUAGCAUUUGUGGUCUUGUGCUUAUUAUUAGAUCAUGUAUAUUCUUUAUUAUUAGGUAAGAUUAUUUUUUAUUGUUAAAUUAUUUAGAAUUAUUAAUCUCUUAUGUACCAAAAAAUAAAUUCUAAAACAGGAAAAUAUAUUCUUUCCUCUCAGUC